CCUCGCAAAUAUGCCGGAACCAGAGGCGAAUGGGAAUGUCCCUAAUUACAGGACUGCUUAAGAUCGCGCUCUAUAAAUACUAGUUAACUUUCCGCCGAACGCUGUCGAGAACUUUGUCAGCGGACUGAGCUGAAGAAGUCAAGAUUUCCUCUGUCUGAAAGAUUCUGAAACAGAAAAGAAUUGGACCGAUCAGACUCCGUAAACAAAAAAUGGACUUUAAAAUAUUGUUAGCUAUAACCGCCAUGGCUUUUUCCGCCUGUCUGAAAUACGCAAUGGCCAGUGGCAUUCCCUCGGCCGCGGAGCAUCCCACAGCUGAGCCAAAUGUAAAUCAGACGGAUUUGGUGUUUACAUCACUGACACCUGUCCGUUUUAAGCGACAGAGCCCACAAUUUUUUCGUUGCAAGCGCCACAGCCGUGCACAGCUGAUCCGAAAACUGAACAGGCUUGGUAAUCAACGAGGGGGAGGUUAUGGUGGUUAUAAUCGACGUUUCAUGGCACUGACCUGGAAGGAUGCUCGAAAAUUCCAAAACCUUGUCACAACUGUGAGCACUUCUCCACUUAACUUCUCUAUUAUCAACAAUCUCCCUCUUAGUGCUCCGAGUAAAGCAGGUACACUGAUGUCACGCACCGAUUGUCAUGCAACGGAGAAUGGGCUACUACGCAUGUGCAGUGCAUGUCCUGCUGUCACUUUUUUGGGUCACGAUAGGAUACCUUCCUUCAUCAACGAGGUCAAGUGCGGACAAGGAAUGUGUUCACAUGGAGUGCUUGGCCAUUGUCAAGCAGCGGUAAUGCUCCAGCAAUUUCUAUACAAGACAGGGCGGUGUAACCCAGUCACUGGAUAUGAAGAAUUAUUGCCCUAUACCCAACCAAUACGCGUGUGUUGUGAGUGCUUGGUCUUCCCCAUUGGUUAAAUAUCACACGAAAGUCAAAUACGCAUCGCAAAGUCAGAAGUACCUAGAUAAAACACGAUCGUGGUAUUAUUUGU